CCGGAAAUUAAAUUAUGUACCCGCUGCGUGUGGAGUUUGAUGGCACCGUCAAGCGUUGACGACACAAAAAUUGAAAAAAUUGGCAUCAUUUGCGACGAGAUCCAAAAGAUGCUCACAGGAAGAAAACCCUAGAUCGAUUCGACCCUCAACCCACAAAAUCGGAGACUGUGAGAUUCAUCGAUUGAUUGUAAGAGAAGUUGAUGAAGGUCGAAUGAAUUGAGGAUUUCAGAUUUUGAGGAAACUCGAAGAUCUUAAAUAUGGAGACGGAGAGGGAUAAGGAAAGGAUGAUGUCGAGGAUGUCUUAUUCGUCUUCUUCGUCGUUUCCUCCUUCGGCUUCAUCUUCUGCUGCAUCAUCGCUCGCCGCGAAGGCAAUUCGAGCGUCUUCUGCGCACAGAGACUCUUCUCUUUCCUCUGCCUACUCGUCUCCUUCCUCUGCUCCUGUUCUCACUCCACCCAAGGAGGUGAAGCAUCAUGAGUACACGUCCAUGAAAAGCUUGAACGAACCAAAACGAAGCUUUUGGGGAAGUCUAGCUAGUAAAGCAAAGGCUCUUUUGGAUGAUGAGGAUGAUCCUCACCAACUUCCUCAAAGUCCCAGGAGAACGGAGCAGAACACGCCUUCUUCGACUUCAGGGACCAAGGAAGCUGGUCAUACGGGUAGGAAAACCGAGAAUCCUUCAUUGCAGAGAAGCUUAGACGCGAUCACUUCAUCGUUAAAUUACAUUGGUGGCACCAUUGGCACUGUAGUUGAGGAGGGUAUUACAGCUGUGGAGAACCGUACUGCAGGAAUCAUUCAAGAAACCCGUAAGAAGAUUAAGAAAAAGCCAAGCCUUUCACGGAACCAGCAGAAUCCUGAGCUACAAACAGAUUUGGAAAUUCAACUAAAGGCAUCUCGCGACGUUGCAAUGGCCAUGGCUGCAAAGGCAAAGCUUCUUCUUCGGGAGCUGAAGAUGGUGAAAUCUGAUCUAGCCUUUGCAAAGCAACGAUGCGCUCAGCUGGAAGAAGAAAAUAAGGUUCUGAGGGAGAAUCGUAGUGGCGGGAACAGCCAAGCUCAUGACGAUGACCUGGUACGACUUCAACUUGAAACGUUAUUGGCUGAGAAGUCUCGGUUAGCUCACGAGAACUCGAUAUACACUCGCGAAAAUCUUUAUCUGAGAGGAGUGGUCGAAUACCAUCAGCUCACGAUGCAGGAUGUGGUCUACUUUGAUGAGAAGACUGAGGAAGUAACUGAGGUAUAUCCCAUUAAUCUAACUUCAAAGUCUUCUUCAUCAGAUAUCUCUCACACUCCUCUAAACCCACAAGCCUUGGAGUUCAAGUGAGACACAACAACUCUCAAAUUGUUCUGCUGUUGUAGUGAAUCAGACAACUAGAGAAAUCGUUGUCUGUAAUCGAUCUGUAUCUGUAGAAAUAUAUGUACUUUUGUAUUCUCUUCUUUUUGGGGUGGGGGUCUUAAGAAUCUGGCACUGAAUGUUAUUUAUAACCCUUAAUUUAAAUAAAAAAGAAUGUUCUAUAAUCCCCUUGAAAUAUUGCCAAAAAGGCUGAGCUUGCUACUACACUGGUUGUUGAAAUUAGUCAAUUAUUAUAGCAACUUUCAUGAAAUUACAAAACAAACAAUAUUUAUAAAUCUACAUUACAAAGGUUGCAUAGGCUACGAUUGUGUUUGUUUGUUGUUGUUGUUUCUUAUUGAAAUAGAUUCUCUUAGAUUAGAAAGUUUGAACACCUUUUUUCUCUAACAUAGAUUGGCCUGAAAUGGCUUAACCAGAGGAACCAGCGUGCCGCUUAGGUGCAUCGACAUGACUUCAUUGGUCGAACCCACGAGCUUCCCGCCCACAAAGAUGGCUGGGACCGGCGUGGAACAGCCGAGCCUCAUUAGGGCUUUCUCGAUCUCACGACAAUCAGGGUCCUUAUCUAUCUCAUGGACGGUCGGGUGGACACCGAGGUCUUGGAAGAGAACUUGAACCGCAUAGGACAUGCAACACGAGCUCUUACUGAAUAUAACCACUCCUUUCUCUGAUGAUAUCCUCACAACUUUGUCCAUGGCUUCUUGAAAGAAGUCUCAAUUUAAUCUCUAGGGCUUGUUUCUUGAAGAAGAAGAAACAAUAUCUUCCUUUGUUUAUCCCUAGUAUAGUGAAAGAGAUUUAUAAUUGAAAACCCAUGGACUAAACCUCGCUUUUGGGUGAAGAAAAAGGUUUUUUGUUUGUUUGUUUGUAUACACUACAGUAUUAAGCUCAGUGUUGCCUGAGACUUGAGUUCUUG